AUGUCAGGGGUUACGUUUCCACCAAGUUUACCUUCGAACAAUAUAUAUUAUGAUAGGUUCAUCAAAAAUGCUCGGGGCUCCUGUACUGAUUAUAGGGGAAAACUCACAACACUUGAAACUAAUUUAGGGACUGCAUUAAAUGAGAAAAAUGGAUUUUCCGAUAAAGGGAAGAACAUCAUGGAUGCCUACUGUAAGGCAUCCAAAGAGAAGGAAGAAAAGUCCGAUGAUAAUACACCUUGCCUUUUUUUUUAUUAUUGGUUGGGGGAUACAUUAUAUAAUGGUCUUACUUGGAAGCACCAUUUUCAGAGUAACAUAAAUUCUAUUUGUAAAUUCAUAAAUGAAGCAGAAUGGGAAAUUGGAUGUAAAAUUACUUAUAAGGAUGAAAUUGACUAUGGAAUUUUCAAACAAAGAAAAGAAAUCCAUGACUAUUCCUUCAAUUUUAAUACCAUAGAAAAAGAAUUACUUAAAAAUGGCCCUAUUUGUGAACCAAAGUGGUUAAGUCACCGCAGUGAUGUUCUUACAGCCUGCACUGCUGUAAGUGAGAAGUGCCCAGAGGGAGGUAGUAAAACUACUGAUGACCCCUAUUGUAAAGAAUUCAAAGACAAGUACAAUUUUUAUUGUGGUAUGGUAAAAACGUUAGACUCGUACUGCAGAGAAAAAUCCAAAUUGGAACAACUAACAAAAGAGAAACAAGAGGCAGAUGAAGCAACCUCUACAGCACAAUCCGAAUUAAGCAACGCUAUCCAUCAAGCAAAUAAAGCCUCUUCUCUUUCUUCUGCUUUUGGUACCUUAGCACUAAUGGAAUUACCCGCAUUGGCAUAUUUUCUAUAUAAGGUAAAAAUACAAUUAUAG